UUUGAUUAAAAUAAAUAAAUUGAUUAAAAAGAAUUUUAAAUUUAAAUUUUAUCCAAUUCUAAAUAUCAAUUUCAAGAUUAUAUUAAAAUUUCUUGGAAAUUACUUUGAAAAUUUCUUAAAACUGAAUAAAAACUAUCAUAAAUUCAAUGAAUUUAUGACGAGUUUUCAAAAGGAAAAUAAAAUACUAGAUUUAUUGAUAAAUACAGUUUUAUACAAGUUUCCGUUUUCAAAUCACAAUGCUGCUGUUAAUAAUGAGGUGAUUGAGAUAAAUGAGUUUGAAAGUUAUUUGAGUGUUAAUGAAUUAUUGUCAAUUAUUAAUAAUAGUUAUUUGAAAUUGAAUAGUGUUGAUGAUAGCAAUGGUGACGACUUUAAUGAAAGUAUAGUUAAACUAAUUGAUGCAAAUUUGUUUGAAUUUACAGAUGAAAACAUUUUAGGAAUCAAGAAAGCUGGCAAAACCAUUCCUAUUAACUAUCUAAUGCCGAAAAUCAAGACGCUAUCGAUUUUGUUUAUUGAAUAUGAAAGGCUGAAUUCGGGUGGAAACAAAGAAGACGCAAACAAGUACCAAAAGACAGUUGUGCAUUUGGUGGAUGGCAAAGCUGAAAUUCUUGUCAACUUCAUCAGCUAUUGCAGAGAUAUCUGCAGGCAGGUUGAAAGUAGCGAUGCUUACAGGACCAAUGCGCAGCUCAAAAUGGCAAGCAGCAUGUUGGGCGACAACACCAAGUUUCUCAGUGGAUGCGUCUACAAGUAUAUAGACCACACUGGCAAAGGCCACACCCAGCUCAGAGAGCUCUGUCUUUCAAUAGUACACAGACACUAAUACACAGUUCGAAGCAAAA